GGUGCGAAAGUCCCGUGCUCCCGGAAGUCGUCCGGGCUUCUCAGUCGGGGUCCCCUGCAACUCGUUGCUACUGAGGGUCCCAGGGGCGGCGGCGAUGGCGGAGGCGGCGCUGCUGCUGCUGCCCCAGGCGGCGGCCGAGCGGGAUGCUCGGGAGAAGCUGGCUCUCUGGGAUCGGAGGCCUGACACGACGGCGCCGCUGACCGACAGGCAGACCGACUCGGUGCUGGAGCUGAAGGCGGCGGCCGAGAACCUGCCGGUGCCGGCCGAGCUACCAAUUGAAGACUCAUGUAGCUUAACUUCCCAGUCACUGCCCAUUGACCUGACUUCAACAGUGCCUGAAUCUACAGAAGACAUUCUCUUGAAGGGUUUUACUUCCUUAGGAAUGGAAGAAGAAAGAAUUGAGACCGCACAGCAGUUUUUUUCGUGGUUUGCAAAGCUCCAAACUCAGAUGGAUCAGGAUGAAGGAACAAAAUAUAGACAGAUGAGGGAUUACUUGUCUGGGUUUCAGGAGCAGUGUGAUGCUAUUUUGAAUGAUGUAAACAGUGCUCUUCAGCAUCUGGAAUCAUUGCAGAACCAGUAUCUCUUUGUGUCUAAUAAGACAGGAACCCUCCAUGAAGCCUGUGAACAGCUCCUAAAAGAACAGUCGGAACUUGUUGAUCUGGCUGAAAAUAUUCAACAAAAGCUUUCUUAUUUUAAUGAAUUGGAAACUAUUAAUACAAAAUUGAAUUCUCCUACUUUGUCUGUAAAUAGUGAAGGAUUUAUACCUAUGCUGGCCAAGUUAGAUGAUUGUAUAACCUAUAUUUCAUCUCAUCCUAAUUUUAAAGAUUAUCCUGUAUACUUGCUGAAGUUUAAACAGUGUCUUUCUAAAGCAUUGCACCUCAUGAAGACAUACACUGUGAAUACACUACAGACUCUCACAAAUCAGUUACUUAAAAGGGAUCCUUCAUCUAUACCUAAUGCAGACAAUUCUUUCACACUAUUUUAUGUGAAAUUUCGAGCUGCUGCCCCCAAAGUCAGAACUCUUAUUGAACAAAUAGAAGAACGAUCCGAAAAAAUACCCGAAUACCAGCAACUGCUCAGUGAUAUCCACCAGUGUUACCUUUCUCAGCGGGAGCUCCUUUUGGGCCCUAGUAUUGCCUGUACUGUCACAGAGUUAACCAGCCAAAACAAUAGAGACCAUUGUGCCUUGGUUCGCAGUGGCUGUGCCUUCAUGGUCCAUGUGUGCCAGGAUGAGCACCAACUUUACAAUGAAUUUUUCACAAAACCGACACCAAAAUUAGAUGAGCUUUUGGAGAAACUGUGUAUGUCAUUGUAUGAUGUCUUCAGGCCAUUGAUCAUUCAUGUCAUUCACUUAGAGACUCUAUCUGAACUUUGUGGGAUUCUUAAAAAUGAAGUGCUUGAAGAUCACGUACAGAACAAUGCUGAACAACUAGGGGCAUUUGCAGCUGGAGCAAAGCAGAUGUUGGAAGAUGUACAAGAGCGGCUUGUGUAUCGAACCCAUAUCUACAUUCAGACGGACAUCACAGGCUACAAACCAGCUCCUGGAGACCUGGCAUAUCCUGAUAAGUUAGUCAUGAUGGAGCAAAUUGCACAGAGUUUAAAAGAUGACCAGAAGAAGUUACCUUCAGAAGCUUCAUUUUCAGAUGUUCGGUUAGAAGAAACAGAGUCUAACAGUCUAACAAAAUCUGGUUCAACAGAAGCCCUCAAUCCUAGACCACAUACCACAAUUUCUCCAGCAGAUCUUCAUGGAAUGUGGUAUCCUACAGUUCGAAGAACUCUUGUCUGUCUCUCCAAAUUAUACAGAUGCAUAGAUAGGGCCGUGUUCCAAGGAUUAUCACAGGAAGCAUUGUCAGCCUGCAUUCAGUCCUUACUUGGAGCAUCAGAGUCUAUCAGCAAAAACAAGACUCAGAUUGAUGGACAGCUUUUCUUAAUUAAGCACCUUUUGAUUCUUCGUGAACAAAUUGCUCCAUUUCACACUGAAUUCACCAUUAAGGAAAUUUCUCUGGACCUCAAGAAAACUAGAGAUGCGGCAUUUAAAAUCCUGAACCCUAUGACUGUUCCAAGAUUUUUUAGGCUGAAUAGCAACAAUGCCUUGAUAGAGUUCUUGUUGGAGGGUACUCCUGAAAUAAGAGAACAUUAUCUUGACUCUAAAAAAGAUGUAGACCGGCAUCUGAAAUCAGCCUGUGAGCAGUUUAUUCAGCAGCAGAGCAAGCUAUUUGUAGAGCAGCUGGAGGAGUUCAUGACAAAGGUUUCAGCAUUAAAAACAAUGGCCAGCCAGGGAGGCCCCAAGUAUACCCUUUCCCAGCAGCCUUGGGCACAGCCAGCGAAGGUUAGUGACCUUGUGGCAACUGCCUAUAAGACAAUAAAAUCAAAGCUGCCUCUGACAUUGAGAAGCAUGUCGCUGUACCUAUCCAAUAAAGAUACAGAGUUCAUUUUAUUUAAACCUGUUAGGAAUAACAUUCAGCAAGUCUUCCAGAAGUUCCACACUCUGUUAAAGGAAGAGUUCAGCCCCGAAGACAUCCAGAUCAUUGCUUGUCCUUCCAUGGAACAGGUAAACCUCCUGCUAUCUGUUCCUAAAUAAGCAGGCUGGUCAGGAAGUGUGAAUGGGCUGAGAGAUCUUGCACCCUGCAGGACUCUGAAGACUCCUUCGUGGGACUGUCCCCAAGACCCACAUGAGCGUGCUUCUCAGUGCUGAUGACAGAAGGAAGCAUAAGCAAAAUGUUAAAAAGAUCGGUGUUUCCCUUUUGAAAACAUCAGAAUGCCAAAGAUGAAUGGAUGUGUAGUGAUCUUCAUUUAAACGGUCACAAGAAGUAUAAGUUUUUGAGAGGUAGCCAUGAGGAGCUUGAAGUGAAAUGCUUCUUCACAAAAGUUGUGCAAUAAAAAUAGGUUAUAAUGAAUAGUGCUAAUAACUUUAUGGAAAUACAGCUGAUGAGAAAGCUGCUGAAGGUAAGGUUUGCUAAUACGUGAAACAUGACACUUUUAACCACUGAGCAUUCCACAGUGACUAUUGUUUUACUUCCACAAACCUUAUUUCUUUUGAGAUAAAGCCUCACUAUAUAGUUCAGGCUGGCCUUGAACUCACUAUGUAGCCCGGGAUGUCCUUGAACUUCUGGUGAUCCUCCUGCCUCAGAAACCUUAUUUCUAUAUUUAAUGUAAAAUUUCUCCUGUCAUUUGAUGUUUGAUUGGGAGUGGCUUGGUUGCUUCCGAGAAUGCAUUGUACUUUCUUGAGGAUUCAGGUGUUACCUUCCUGUCUUUGAUGUGAGGCAGUUAAAAAUGUGAGGGCCUUGUGGACAGCUCCAGGAUCUGUACUCCUUGAAUUGCUGUGGUGUAGAGCAUUCAAAGCAGGGAGCUGCAGCCUCUUGCUGUAGGCAGGUAUGGUUCUUCCAUGCAGAUCUUUAUGGUACAGUCGUCAGUGGGGUGAGUGGGAAUUACCAAUUAAGGUGUCUUUAAGCUUGUGAAUAAAGGAGAGAAGGAAACCUGAUGAAUACCAGGUCUCCUGAAUGAAGCUUAGUUGUGGACCUUCUGCGAACAGCCUUUGGUUGCACCUGCUAUUUGAAAAGCAAACACUUUUGCAUGUGUUAUACGUAUCUAGCAGCCUAUGCUGGGCUGUACUGUGCUGUGCACCAGCCUAGUGGGUCUCCAGCCCUGUUAAUAGCAGAACAUGUUUUGCCAGUACACUCAGGGCCACAAACACUGCCCACAUCUUAGAAACACCGCACCCCAUCAGGGAUCGCACAUGAGGCACAACAGCGAGUAUCCUACAGAUUCUUUCCUCUUUAAAUUUGAAACUAGAUUGAUUGUGCCUCUGAUGUUGUAGUAAUAAACGUAGUGUGGUUCUUGUUUCAAAAAAAUUCCUUAAGCCCUGGUGUGGAGGCGGGACACUGCCAAGGGUGCUGGAGUGGCUAGUGACCCUUUGGUGCAGGCGGUGCCGCUGUGCCAAUGCUGCUCUCGUGCAUGGUGCCACUCUUCACAAGGUGCAGUUGGUUCCAUCCUGGUGUUUGUUGUCGGUAACCGGUCACUUGUUUUUUAAUCACCUUUAUUUUGGUGCCAGAUGUUGCUUGAUGGAGCUUGUUACUCUAUGUUUUGGGAAGGUAAGCGGGUCCAUAUUUUUUCUUUGCCUUGAAAUGAAUGAACUAGGAAGAUUGUAUUUACUUCUGCUUACUGUUUUAAGUACAUGUUUAAUGAGAUAAACUAUAAAAUACCUGGUUUUGUGUAUUAUGUGUACAUUUGGUUUUAAAAUAGCCUUUCCAAAGAAAUGAGGGCAUGAUUAUUGUACAGUACUGUGACUGAUAUAGUUGGAUGUACAGAGCAGAAUGUGUUCUUCAGGAUAAAAAUAUUUAACGGCACUUUUUCUUGUAUUUUGAUCUUUUGUUUCUAAAAUACUCCAACACCUUACAAAGUGCUAGGUAGGUGAUAGUGACCCACCUGGUUGCUAAAUGAAUAUUUGUUUAAAUCUA